AUGUUUGAAGAAUUAGAGUCGUUUGGGUCCGAGUCUAAGUCUGAGUCUGAGUCCGAGACUGAAUCUUCUCAGUAUCCUAGGUCCAUUAGGAAUUCUAUUUCUGUUUCUCAAGUAGUCAAUAAGGAGGAUGUUUCUACUCCUCCCUCUUUCGAUGUACUCUUUUCUGAAUUCAAUAACAUGAACGCCUUUGCUUACUCAUCGUGUUUUAUCAAAGUCUCCAAGUAUCCAGAAUGGAUCGCCAAUGUGGUACCAGUUCUCAAGAAAUAUGGAAGGGUUCGGAUGUGCGUAGACUACAGGGAUCUCAACAAGGCAAGCCCGAAGGAUGAUUUUCCACUACCCCAUAUCGACAUAUUGGUUGACGACACUGCGAAUCAUGCACUUCUGUCAUUCAUGGAUGGGUACGCAGGAUACAACCAGAUUUUCAUGGCAGAAAGUGACAAGGAGAAGACCACUGGUACUUAUUGCUACAUAGUGAUGCCAUUUGGGUUGAAGAAUGCAGGUGCUACCUAUCAACGAGCCGCAACCGCGUUAUUACACGACAUGAUGCACAAAGAGGGACAUACAGUAGACUUGAGAAAGUUUUUCGAGAGGCUAAGGAAGUACAAUAUGAGGCUGAAUCUCGCCAAGUGUGCAUUUGCUGUUACAUUCGGGAAACUCUUGGGUUAUGUCAUAAGCUCAAGGGGAAUUGAGAUCGAUCCAGCUAAAAUCAAAGCCAUCAUGUCCUUGCCACCACCAAAGACCGAGAAGCAGAUACGAGGUUUCAUUGGUCGUUUACAGUAUAUCAGUAGGUUCAUCUCUAAGCUUACUACUAUUUGCGAACCAAUCUUCAAGAAGCUCAAAAAGGAUGUGCCAAUAACUUGGGAUGAUGAUUGUAAGCUAGCCUUUGACAAGAUUAAAGCCUACCUGGCCAACCCUCCAGUAUUGGCACCUGCACUCCCAAAUAUUCCUUUACGCCUCUACUUAAUUGUUACAAAGGAAACCAUGGGAGCCAUGCUCGCACAAGAGAUAGAGGGAAAGGAAAAUGUCGUGUACUAUCUCAGUAAGAAGAUGCUAUCAUACGAAACAAGGUACACGCCAUUAGAAAAGUUGUGUCUCGCACUAGUGUGGGCUACAAAGAAGUUGAGGCACUACAUGCUCACUCAUACAUUACAUGUUGUUUCAAGAAUAGAUCCCCUUAAAUAUCUAUUCAAGAAAGAAACUGUGAAUGGGAGGUUGUCCCGAUGGAUCGUUAUGCUCUCAGAAUUUGAUCUCAAGUUCGUUCCACAAAAGGCAAUCAAGGGAUCCGUAGUCUCAGAUUUUCUAGUUGAUUUUCCUAUAGAAGACUUCAAGGAAGCAAAUGACGAAGCCAACUAUGAUUUCCCUGAUGAAGAACUAAUGGUAACUGAAGAUGACACAUGGGUCUUAUACUUCGAUGGCGCAUCUAAUAAAAAAGGAUGCGGUGUUGGAGUACUACUAGUGUCACCCACAGAGGAACAUGUACCGAUUUCAAUCAAGGUCGACUUCGAUGUUACCAACAAUGCCGCAGAAUAUGAAGCAUGCAUAGUGGGAUUGGAAACCGCACUUGCCUUGGGAAUCAAGAAACUUAGGGUAUAUGGAGAUUCCUCUCUCAUCAUCAACCAGAUUUCCAAGAAGUGGAAGGUGCGAAGUGAAAGCCUCGCUCCUUACCAGGCAUACCUCGAGACUCUCACAGAUCAGCUAGAAAAGGUGGACUACAGUUACCUACCAAGGGAAGAAAAUCAGUUCGCUGACGCUUUGGUGAGACUAGCCGCAAUGGUUAGGAUCCCUAAAGGCACCGAACAAAUGCCUUUGAUCAUCGAAAAGAAGCAUGCACCAGCAUACAUCCAGACAGUAGAAGACGAUGACACUCAGGAGCCGUGGUACACUGAUAUUCUGAAUUAUGUCGCCAAAGGAGAGUAUCCACCUAAUACUGAUAAACGAGCCAGAAGAGCAUUAAGAUCCUCACAGUAUGUCCUCAUAAAUGGAAAUCUACACAAAAGAGUGCCUAAUGGGAGGGCGUUACUUUGCGCAUCUCAUCAAGAGGCACAAAGAAUUAUGAGGAUCAUCCACAAGGGAGUGUGUGGGACUCACAUGAACGGAAAAAUGUUGGUCCAGAAGAUCAUCAGACAAGGGUACUAUUGGACUACCAUGGAACGUGACUGUCAUCAGCAUGUGAAAAGGUGUCACAAGUAUCAGAUCUAUGCCAACCUAAAACAUGUACCCCCGUUAUUGCUCUACACCUACACAUCUCCGUGGCCAUUUUCAACAUGGGGAAUUGACAUCAUUGGGAAAAUUCAUCCACCAGGCACUGGAGGACAUGAGUUCAUAUUGGUUGCAAUCGAUUACUCCACUAAGUGGGUCGAAGCCACCUCGCAUGCCAAGUUGCAAGCAAAGCACGUCGCUCUCUUCAUAGAACGUAACAUUAUAUGCCGAUAUGGGGUUUCUCAUGAGAUGAUCAGUGACAACGGGACUCAUUUUCAAGCUGAGUGUGCAGAACUACUACAGAAGUAUGGAAUACAGUAUCAUCUGUCAUCACCAUACAGACCUCAGACCAAUGGAGUAGUUGAAGCAGCGAACAAGAAUCUGAAAGUUAUCAUUGAAAAAAUGACUGAAAAAUACAAGGAUUGGCCAAGCAAGCUACCUUAUGCUUUGUGGGGUACCGAACCACCAUUCGCUCAUCCACUGGAACCACACCCUUCUCAUUGGUAUAUGGAAUGGAUGCGGUACAGCCCAUGGAGCUGGAAGUACUGUCCUUGCUAUUGCCUUGGAAAGUCAGUUAGAUAA